AUGGCGGCUGCGAUUGAAGAGCAACCAAAAUUGAAUAUGCCAUGGGUGGAAAAAUAUCGUCCACAAAAAUUAGAUGACUUAAUAUCUCAAGAUUACAUAGUAAAUACAAUUAGAAAAUUAAUAUCUCAUAAGCAGUUACCUCAUUUAUUAUUUUAUGGGCCACCUGGUACAGGGAAAACGACAACUAUUUUAGCUUGUGCAAAAGUUCUUUAUACUCCUGCUCAAUUUGCCUCGAUGGUUUUAGAAUUAAAUGCUUCUGAUGAUCGAGGAAUUGGUACAGUAAGAGGAGCUAUUUUAGAUUUUGCCAGCACCAAAACUAUGUUUCAAGGUGGUGUCAAGCUUAUAAUUCUCGAUGAAGCAGAUGCGAUGACUCACGAUGCACAAAAUGCUUUGAGAAGAAUCAUGGAAAAAUACACGGCAAAUGUUAGAUUUUGUAUAAUCUGCAAUUAUUUGGGUAAAAUAAUUCCAGCCAUUCAAUCAAGAUGUACAAAAUUUCGUUUUGCUCCUCUUGAUUCGAAAGAAAUUCUUCCUAGGCUAGAAUAUGUUAUCGAACAAGAAAAAAUAAAAAUAAGCGAUGAUGGUAAACAAGCAGUUCUUACAUUGGGUCAAGGAGAUAUGAGAAAAGUACUGAAUAUAUUACAAAGCACAUUCGUUUCAUUUUCAGAGGUAAAUGAAGAAAAUGUGUAUACCUGCGUUGGUCAUCCACUUCAAUGUGAUAUUUUUGAAAUGUUACAAUCAUUAUUAAACGAUAAUCUUUCUGAUUCAUACAAAAAAAUUCAAACGAUAAAAACAUUAAAAGGUUUAGCUUUAUCGGAUAUAGUUACUGAAUUACACACGUGGGUACACAAACUUGAAUUACCUUCGAAAGUUGUUUGUCUUUUAUUAAUUUCACUUUCGGAUAUAGAAUAUAAUUUAAAUAACGGUUCGAGUGAAAAUAUCGAAUUGGGAAAAUUAUUAUCAGCAUUUUACAAAGCCAGAACGUUGAGCGUUGAUAUAGCUAAAACUCUGGAAGAAAAUUUUUAA